GUAGGCCUGAUUACUGUGUCUGUUGUUUCUCAGUCAGUCACACACAGAUCCUCACUAUGACCAGGUUCGUGAUCACACUCCUUGUCUGGACCCUGAUUUCUCCUGGCAACGGUAGCUGGGGCGGAGGCACGUCGUGGCCCACACACACAGCCUGCAGGAAGGAGGGCUUGGAAGUUCUGUACCAGAGCUGCGAUCCAUUACAGGAUUUUGGCUUUUCUGUUGACCAGUGUGCCAAACAUUUGAAACCGAAUCUCAACAUUAGAGUUGGCAUCAUUCUGAGGGAGGACAUCAGAGAGCUGUAUCUUGACAUAGUUCUCAUCAGUAAAGGUGCCUCUGUUUUCAAUUACUCCUACCCCAUCUGUGAGGUGGACCUACCCAAGUUUUCCUUCUGUGGAAGGAAGAAAGGAGAGCAGCUUUACUAUGCUGGCCCAAUGAAUAAUCCUGGAUUUGAAAUUUAUGAGGGAAAAUACCAGGUUUUGCUGGAACUGUAUAAUGAAAAACGUACCACCUUGGCUUGUGCCAAUGCUACUGUCAUUUGCUCCUGACCUUGGUCUGCAGGCAAAAGCACAGUAAGCUCAGACUCACGGGAACACCAAUGUGUACAGAUUCAACCCACUUGGAAGGAGAGCCAGCUGAUGGCAGAGACGAGCUGUACCCAGAAGCUUCCCAACAAGCAUAGCUGCUAAUUUCAACCCCCAGGUCAGAGGUGCCCUGACUCUGGAUUAUCUGCUUCUCAGGAGCCUCCCAGUACACACUGAGCAGCCUCAAGAGUCCUUCCUUCCCUAGGGAUUCAGCCCUCACCUGGUCUCCUCUUACCGAACUCCUUAGGAGCAUUUUCUCUCAGCAGCCAGAAUAAAGAAUGUGGCCCACA